UGUCGAGCUAGCAGCAGCCGAGGAGGAGCUAGCUGCUCACAACAUAAACUGACAGACAUACUCACCGGUUAACCUUAGUCUUUAGUCCCGACUCUCUCUAUUCUUUUUAAGAUCCAGAGCUUAGCAGUUUGUCGUUUGUUUUACUUGAUUAAAAUGGUAGUUUUGACAGACAAUGAAGAACAGGAUUAUAUCCUGAUAGAGGAGCGUAAAUGCAGCUCCCUGCCCAGCUCUCCAGCCAAGCGAGUCUCUCCCACCAAAAAGAAGCACUUCUUUAUCAACCAAGCCAUCCGCAACUCUGACCUCAUUCCCCGAGCCAAAGGCAAGAAGAGCCUCCGCCGACAGGAGAACACACGCUUUCUUGCUAAUCUUCUUGAGAGGGACGAGUGCUCCAAAGAUGAUCUGGAAGUGUGCAGUAACCCAGCGAUCCCGUCCAUCUUCACUGAAGCCUGCACCAACGGAAACUACAUAGAGCCAUGGAACGACUUCAUGAAUUGCUCCGGCGAGGAGCAGGAGAGGCUGCUGUCUCUGCUGGAGCAGGAGGUGGCCAAGAAGAAAAACACCAACAGGCCCCUCAAAGACGAGAGGAAUGUAAAUCCUGCCUUCACAGCUCAGGACUGCUUCCAGAGAAUCGAUCGCAGGCUGCGAGCGACUCUUAGACGGAAACAAAUCCCCAUGGGAAAACUGGAAGUCCUUGAGGAAAACCUUCUGAGCUUCUUCAUCGAUCAACCUCACUCAGUUUACACAACCAACCUCGCCAGCAGCUUUGAGAGACUGCUGCUCCAUGCCGUGUGCCAGUAUAUGGACCUCGUCUCUGCAAGCUCCGACUACAACAGGUCACGACAGACAGAAGUGGUGAACAAACAAGAAGCGUUUUUACCUCCUACACUUCUGCUGUCGGCCUACUUGGAGCAGAUGAGCUGAGAUAAGGUCCACGCCAUGUUUCCCUGUUUCCUCCGCACAGCUGUGCUGCAGGCAGGAGCUCUGAGGAAUGUAGAUAAUUCUGUAUGUGUUGUGUCGGUAAAGAAUACAGCUGGAAAAUGCCUUUUCUUCUCUAGUUGGUCCCUGGUUUCUGUAGGAAAUUUUCCAUUCAUUUCACCCAUAAACACGUCAGAGUUCAGUGACCCCCCCCCCCCCCCGUAUGUAAACACACUCAUACAAACGGUAGCAUGUAAGCAUGCUGACUGUUAGCAUGUUAGCGUUCAGCUCAAAGUACAGCUCAGCACGUGUACAUCAGGCUAACAAAGUACAACGGGCCUUGCUUUGAGGAUAACCCUUCUGAUUUAGCUAAUUUUAACAGGUUUUAAGUUAACUCAGUUCAUACAAAAACAGAUUGUCAUGAGCGUUGUGAAAGCAUUAUGUCAAAGUUAAUUUAUGAGCUUUAAGUUAAGGCAGAGAGUGUAAACAGGUUAUAAACAGUUCAUCCACGCUGUGCCUUUUUAUGGUGCAUAUGAUAGAAUUCCACAUAUCAUUAAGUUUAAAUAUGACUUUUUAGUAUUCGUGGUAAUGGGAACACCCCCCCUUAUGCUGUAAUGGAAAAUAGAAUUGAAACCAGCUCUUAGCUCUGUGUUGCUAAUGACGAAUGACAUUUUGCGAAGUGCUAAAACGGAGGAGUGCAUCAGGAAAUGCAUCACUGCCUGAAGGGUUAGCCUGUAGGACUUGUGUAAGUGGUGAGGUGUGAAGCAUGAAUAUAAUAAUCUCUCUACAUUAUAUGCACAGACAUGUCUCAUCGUAGGUAAAGAAGUAAAUGUCUGUUGGUAUGCUCGGGAAGGAGAAAACUCCUUAAGGUACAAUUUCUUUGGGGUUUUCUCUCUGCUGGCUUCGUCCGGUCUCAUCACCUCGUCUACACCUGAAUCAUCUGAAAGAUACAUUUUAACCAACCAAACUGUCUGGGUCCUUCCAGGAACCACUCAGUCGUUUUCUUUGCCAACUUACAAGCUAAAGUACACGAUGUGUACACGAUGUGUACUUUAGUGUAAGUUUUGUGUGGCAGCACUGAGGCUGAGCGGACCCUCUGUACUGCUUUCACUGCACACUAGUGUAGCCGAAGUGUAAAUGUUACUUCAGCAAUGGUCAGCCUUGCACUUCUAGAUUUAUUCAUGUGUUUCUUACAUCAUGCACAGUGCUCACUCAGUUCACACAAAACACACAACUUCCUCUUUUAAAGCCUCUUUUUUUACAUAGUGUUGUAUGGUUUAACGGUAUACUGUAUGUGCAGUAGAUGUGUUACAUUGGAUGAAAAAUAACCACAUUUAAGGUGUUUUGAUGGCAAAAACCUGCUAAGUUUUGACUAUCGGGUAUGUUUCAUCUCAAUAGGAACAUUUACAACCCCGGAACAGCUCUUCUGCCUUAUGAAUACAAGUUUAUAUGUUGUUGUUUUUCUACAUUUCUACUUGCCUGGAUUUGCGAAACCAACAGAAAAUCAUUGGUAGUGUAACAAAACUUGACCUGUUGCUACAUUUUGUCAACAACCAAAGUUUGUGUGUUUGUUUGUGUGGAAAUCCAAUUUCUCAGGCUCUCAACUUGUCACUCUGAAUGUCACGUUGUUUAUCUCGCAUGGUGUCAUUUUCUGUGUACUGUAUACUUUCUUCAAGAUGGGCUUUUUAAAUACACGUAGACGUAGUUGUGCUUUAAAAAACAUGAACUCAGAUGAUUGACCUGUGCCAACAUAUGGAUUAAAAAAGCAUAAAAUAGUCUGAAAGCUUUAUACACUAGACUAAAAUAUCUUGUAUGUGUGUGCUACAGUAUGUAUUUAUAAUUAUCAUUGCAUCUAUUAAAGGGUUUAAGAUA